CUGCGCGGUGCUUCGGUAUUCUGCGAAGAUGCUCCCAAUGUGUAUGCUUAAUGUUGGCGAAAGUGUCCACUCAACCUAAGUAGAACAGCGGACCCCAAAGCUCCUCCAACUUAAAUCACGCACGUGACUCCACUUGAUGCUUGACCCCCAAAAGGGUGGCCGAAAACUCUGCCAAACAUACAUAGCAUCAUUUAUGUAUUACUACAUUUGCAUUCGCAUUCAUAACUGGAUCAGUCGACACAAUCAACAGCCUUUCAUCGAUUUCAUCUUCUGCAUUCAUGUCCACUAGGCGGAGAAUCGGCGUCAGCAUCGCAACAACGGAGGCUGCAAGACGCCAACUCAUGCAGCCAGUUGUUUGUUGGGAGAAAGUAUGGACCGUUCCAGAAAAUGCUGCUCCAAAUUCUUCUGUGAAGAUCUACAAGUGGGCGAAGACAGAAAGAAAACAACAAUUUAGUGAUGAUGAAGGAGAAGUGGAUGAACCACUAGCGCCACUUCCCGACGAACCUGAGGUGGUGGAAGGAGACGAAGAGAUGGACCAGGAUGAGCCGGUCGUCUCUGUAGUUCCCGAUGCAGAAGCACCUGUGUUGGACACAGAGACGAACUCAGUUGCUCAGGAAAUUCCAUCGGAACCCCAAACCAAACCAUCAUCUCCGUCACCUCCUGCACUUUCGCUCCAAGCUACUGAGCCUAUAUUGGUAACAGAGCAGGUUGCAGACAUGUUGGACGAAUCACUCAAAGCUCUCGAUGGCGAUGUGGAUAUCGAAAUCGGUGUACACGAGAGUGCCAAUCCGGAAGAAGUUGGAGACCUGGAUAUGGCAGUGCUCGGACCUGAUGGAACUGCGUUCGAAGGCGUUCAUGACCUCAGUCAAAUGGAAAGUGGCGACGCGCUGUUGGGUGGACCUCUCAUGGAUCACACAGUUGAUCCAUUUGCCAUAAACUUGAAUGAUGAGGAAUCUGCUGAGGGAGCAGCUCCAUGACCCCCGCUUUGAUUGCACCAGUUCACUACUUCAUCAGUCGUUGCUGCUCGUGUACAAACGGCCGGUCGCUUCUUGUUGCAACAAUAGGAGACGUAGUUGGUUGUUCUCGACACCGAAGACCCUGAAACCGUAAUUUCCACUCCCGAAAUCGAGGUAGUAUCCGGUCCUGUACUGAGGUUUAUCAUAUUCUUAUCAUACUUAUGAGGAUGUACUAUGGAAUUCGGCACAUAUGAAGCGGUCCAGUGUACUCUGUCAUACUUUUCGAUCUUCGUAGACGCUCGAAUUUACCCUGCAUGUAAGAUGAACUCCAACGCUCAUCGGCAGCUGCAGUGACUAUGUGGCCC